GGGGCCGCCCAAGCGAAGGAGUCGCAUCCAAGAUGGCGCCGUGCGGACGUGUCGGGGCCCGGGGCCGCCGCGGGCCGGGCCCUCUGCUCUUCCUCCUCCUCCUCCUCCUCCCCCUCGUGGCCCUCGGGCCGGCGCGGGCACAGCCGGCCGGGGCCGCAGCCGCCGCCUUCCCGCCGCAGGGGCAGCCGCAGGGGCAGCCCGGACUGGGGGCCCAGCCGCAAGGAGGGCAGCAGCAGCAGCAGCAGGCGCCUCAGCUCGGGCCGGCCGUGGGCGGCGGUGGCGGGCGGGUGUCCCGCGCUGGCUCCUCCGGCGGCGGCUGGAAGCUGGCGGAAGAGCCGGUGUGCCGCGAAGACGUGAUGCGCGUCUGCCCCAAGCACAGCUGGGCCAACAACCUGGCCGUCCUCGAGUGCCUGCAGGACGUGCGCGAGCCGGAUAAUGAAAUCUCAUCUGACUGCAACCACCUGCUGUGGAACUACAAAUUGAACCUGACUACAGAUCCAAAAUUUGAAUCGGUGGCUAGAGAAGUUUGCAAAUCUACUAUAUCAGAGAUCAAAGAGUGCGCUGAUGAACCAGUCGGAAAAGGUUAUUUGGUAUCCUGCUUGGUGGACCACAGAGGAAACAUCACCGAAUAUCAGUGUCACCAGUACAUCACCAAAAUGACGGCCAUAAUUUUCAGCGAUUACCGCCUAAUCUGUGGAUUUAUGGAUCACUGCAGGACUGAUAUUAACCUCCUGAAGUGUGGCAGUGUUCGACCGGGAGAAAAGGAUGCCCAUUCUCAAGGGGAAGUGGUGGCCUGCCUGGAGAAAGGGCUGGUAAAAUUGGCAGAGGACAGUGAGCAUCGCAUCAAAGUCUCAGAGCCCUGCAUGAAGGCAAUUCUCCGAGUGGCGGAGCUGUCAUCAGAUGACUUCCAUCUGGAUCGGCAUCUCUAUUUUGCCUGCCGAGAUGAUCGGGAACACUUUUGUGAAACAACUCAAGCAGGCGAAGGCCGGAUAUACAAGUGUCUAUUUAACCACAAGUUUGAAGAUGCUAUGAGUGAAAAGUGUCGGGAUGCAUUGACAACUCGGCAAAAGUUGAUUGCCCAGGAUUACAAAGUCAGCUACUCCUUGGCCAAAUCCUGCAAAAGUGAUCUGAAGAAAUACCGUUGCAAUGUUGAGAAUCUUCCUCGGACUCGGGAAGCCCGUCUCUCUUACCUGCUCAUGUGUCUCGAAUCUGCUGUGCACAGAGGUCGACAGAUAAGCAGCGAGUGCCAGGGGGAAAUGCUGGACUACAGGCGGAUGCUGAUGGAGGACUUCUCCCUGAGCCCAGAAAUCAUCCUGGGUUGCCGCACGGAGAUCGAGCACCAUUGCUCAGGGCUGCAUCGAAAGGGCCGCACCCUGCACUGUCUGAUGAAAGUGGUUCGGGGAGAGAAGGGCAACUUGGGAGACAGCUGCCAGCAUUCACUUCAGACUCUGAUCCAGGAAGUAGAUCCUGUGGCUGAUUAUCGCAUUGAUCGAGCUUUGAAUGAAGCCUGCGAGUCAGUGAUACAAACGGCCUGCAAGCACAUCCGUUCCGGAGAUCCCAUGAUUCUUUCUUGCCUCAUGGAGCACCUGUACACAGAGAAGAUGGUGGAGGACUGUGAACACAGGCUCUUAGAGCUUCAGUACUUUAUUUCACGGGAUUGGAAGUUGGAUUCUGUCCUCUACCGUAAGUGCCAAGGAGAUGCAUCUCGACUGUGUCACACACACGGUUGGAAUGAAACAAGUGACACGAUUCCUCCUGGAGCAAUCUUCUCCUGCCUAUACAGACAUGCUUAUCGCACAGAAGAGCAGGGAAGAAGGCUAUCCCGAGAAUGCAGAGCAGAAGUACAGCGAAUUCUGCAUCAGCGUGCAUUGGAUGUGAAACUAGAUCCAGCCCUCCAGGACAAGUGCAUGAUAGAUUUGGGGAAGUGGUGCAGUGAGAAAACCGAAACUGGACAGGAACUUGAAUGUCUACAAGAUCAUCUGGAGGAUCUGGUAACUGACUGCAGAGAGGUUGUCGGAAACCUUACAGAGCUGGAAUCUGAGGAUAUCCAGAUAGAAGCCUUGCUGAUGCGAGCAUGUGAACCCAUCAUCCAGACCUUCUGCCAUGAAAUGGCAGACAACCAAAUUGACUCCGGAGACCUCAUGGAGUGUCUCGUUCAGAAUAAGCAUCAGAAGGAGAUGAAUGAGAAGUGUGCAGUUGGAGUUACGCAUUUCCAGCUAAUACAAAUGAAGGAUUUCAGGUUCUCCUACAAAUUUAAAAUGGCCUGCAAGGAAGAUGUACUGAAAUUGUGUCCCAACAUCAAGAAAAAGGUGGAUGUGGUGAUCUGCCUGAGUACCACAGUGCGCAACGAUACCCUGCAGGAUGCCAAAGAGCACCGGGUCUCUGUGAAAUGCCGCAAGCAGCUACGGGUCGAGGAGUUGGAGAUGACUGAAGAUAUCCGCCUGGAACCAGAUCUUCACGAAGCGUGCAAAACUGACAUUAAGAGCUACUGCCAGAAUGUUCCCUACGGCAAUGCCCAGAUCAUUGAGUGUUUGAAAGAAAACAAGAAACAGCUAAGCAGCCGCUGCCAUCAAAAAGUCUUCAAACUCCAAGAGACGGAGAUGAUGGAUCCAGAGCUGGAUUACACCCUCAUGCGGGUCUGCAAACAGAUGAUCAAGAGGUUCUGCCCAGAAGCAGACGCCAAGAACAUGCUGCAGUGCUUGAAACAGAACAAAAACAGCGAGGUGAUGGAUCCCAAAUGCAAGCAGAUGAUCACAAAGCGCCAGAUCACCCAGAACACAGAUUACCGCCUGAAUCCAGUGCUCAGGAAGGCCUGCAAAGCAGACAUUCCCAAAUUCUGCCAGAGCAUUUUGAGUAAAGCCAAGGAGGAGUCAGAGCUGGAAGGGCAGGUCAUAUCCUGCCUGAAACUGAAAUAUGCAGACCAGCGUCUUUCUUCAGACUGCGAAGAUCAGAUUCGAGUGAUCAUUGAGGAAUCUGCUCUGGAUUACCGGUUAGAUCCCCAGUUGCAAAUGCACUGCUCAGAAGAGAUUUUUGCCCUGUGUGCAGAGGAAGCUGCAGCCCAGGAACAGACAGGGCAAGUGGAAGAGUGCCUGAAAGUGAAUUUGCUCAAAAUUAAAGCAGAGAUGUGCAAAAAGGAGGUGCUGAACAUGCUGAAAGAAAGUAAGGCUGAUAUUUUUGUGGAUCCCGUCCUUCACACAGCCUGUGCGCUGGACAUCAAGCACCACUGUGCUGCCAUCACUCCAGGAAGAGGCCGACAGAUGUCCUGCCUCAUGGAGGCCCUGGAGGACAAGCGGGUCCGGUUACAGCCAGAGUGCAAAAAACGCCUUAAUGACCGCAUUGAGAUGUGGAGCUUUGCCGCAAAGGUGGCCCCCGCAGAAGGCUUUUCGGAUCUCGCCAUGCAAGUGGUGACGUCUCCAUCCAAGAACUACAUCCUGUCUGUGAUCAGUGCAGGCAUCUGCGUCCUGUUCCUGAUUGGUCUGAUGUGCGGGCGUAUCACUAAGCGAGUGACACGAGAACUGAAGGACAGGUAGAGGCAACCUUGGUCGUCAGAGGGAAGGAGGAAGGCCUGCCCAAUUUGUACAGUCUUCUCUGUAUAGUCUCCCUCCCCACCUCGCUCUCCUUCAGACAAUACAAGCCAAUUAGAACAGCAGCAGCAGCGGCAGCUCGUGUGUCGGCUGGGUCCCCCAUCUUGUCCAGCAGCUUUGUUACCCCAUCGUUAGCCACGGUUGUUUGCCUGCCUGUAGACAAAGCUCUUUCUUUUUUUUUUUUUUUCCUUGUACUGUUGAACUACCUUCUUCACACGCUCCAAACCAGCCCGGGAGGUUUUUAAAGUCAACCUUUUAAAGAUUCCGUUCUUGGCAUAAUUUGGGCAGUGUGUCUCGGUGAGGAAAUACUUGCGCUCCGAGGUUAGGCGGGACUUGAAAGGAUGGGACGUUACCCACCGCUCACAACCGACCCCGGUUUGGAAAUCUAGUUGGCCAAUGAACCAGCAUCUUCGGCUCAUAAUCUGUCAGCAAAAUGGUCUCAGAGGAUACCAUCUCCACCAGUCUCCUCUGUCUGUCACAAGGUUCUGUUUGUGUGCAUUUUUCCUUUCCUUUCCUUUCCUUUCCUUUCCUUUCCUUUCCUUUCCUUUCCUUUCCUUUCCUUGCUGGUUUGUUCCUCAGUUUCUGCCAAAAGGCAAAGCCGUUCAUUUUCUCCAUUGUCUUUGGGAUUAAUAAAAUAUCGACCACAAGAAACAAAGUCCAGUGGUUUUAUAGGUUCCCCUCGCAAAGCUACACCUGUUAGAUGAGGCAGGUGGAGAUGCAAAGCUGCACAGCAAGUUAGACACCUCGGAAAGUUACCCCGAAGGUUUGGGCCCCCGAAAGAGGGGAGCCAUUGCUGGGAUGAGGAUUAGCAGGUGACCCUCUUCCCCCAUAUGCAGGUCCAGCAUUGAUCGCAAGGGGAGAGGGCUUCACGCUCUCAAGAAUCAAGCUGAAGAGAUUGUCAGGCUUGAGAAGUAGGAAACUCCGUCCCUGAGCAAGAAUGGGGUGGUGGGGACUCUUUUCUCUCUCAUUUGACAGGAAGUGGUAAUUUUUCUGAAGCAGCACUACGAAUAGCCCUCCUGGUCUGAACCUGGAUGCUACUCUUGACCCGAUUGGGGAGUAAAAGAAGCUGCACAAGCUCUUUUGUUGGCACAUGGGACAGUCUUUUAACCUCUUGGCCAGAGGUCUGCCUGCGUAUGCUGGGGCUAAAUCAUGUACGCUGGCCAGUGCAAAGCUUAAUUGCUCACCCCUCUCCAUUUUCCCUGGCAUGUUCCAGCUCAUACAAGUAUUGCACUUGCUAGGCAGAUUUUUACCUUUCUAGAUUUUUUUGCAUUUAACUUCUGGAAAGCAGAGGGUGUUUCUGUCAAGGGACCAGGCGAUCAGAGUGUUUGGACAAGCUGUCGCUCGUUAACAGUACUGUGAAUAUUUUCUGCUGCUCUGAAGUCUUGGUGAAUGGUGUUUUCUACAAAGUUAACUUUAGGAGACUUCAUACUGGAAAAUGAGCAAUGUGGUAUCUGGUUUUGUUUCCUUUUGGUGGAGUUUUAUUUUUUAAAUGACUACUGAUUCUUUCUUCUUGGAUCACUGUUCUUUUUGGGUUCUCCCUGGAUCUUCUAGAAUGGGGUGGGGAACGGCGGCCCUUUCUGUGACUUGUGGACUUCAACUCGCAGAAUUCUGGCUCAGGAGUUCUGGGAGUUGAAGUCCGCAAGUCAUAAAAGGGCCAUCGUUCCCCACCCAUUCUAGAAGGUGGGGCUGGUAAAAGACUCAGGAUAUAAGAGCCCCGUGGGUGGAUGCUGCACAGCCUGGCGUCUUUCUCCUCUGCAGGAUCUAAAAGCAACUCCAGUAUUUUGUCUGACAGUGGUUUGCUUGAAGCAGAAAUCGGGAUCCUUUCUCCUAGAGACCUUAGCCACAGUCUUGAGAUUUGAGAUUUGUGAUUGGCACAAAUUUGGAUAUGCGAGAGGCCAGAAUUGGGAAACGCAGAAGGGGAGAAGGCAAUAGGACGUUUCAGCUCUGUAGAGAGGCUGGCUGUGGAUUAUGGACUACAGAGCACUUAAAAAGGUUAAACUAUAGCAAGCCAGAGUCCCAGGCAAGUUUCAUUUAGAAUUGUACAAUUGGGCAAGAUGCCAGCAAGGCACCUGGGUUGGUCUUGGCUGUCUUGCCGUAUUUGCUGAUGAAGGUAAAUGUCCCUGUAUGCCCCCCCGUCGUUUUAGCUACUAUGUCUUAGAAAAUUACACAACACCCACAUAUUUUGUGUGUGUGGUGGGUUUUCCCUCAGCUAGCUGUAGUGGCCUUUUCCUGCAUUUCCAGUUUAGGCAUAGUAAGACCGAAUAGUUUGCCCACUCCGCCCCAUGGCUUAAGAGGCCGCUGCUCUGGUCAGCCUCGGGUGUGGCUGUGGUCCCCCUUCCCAGCACUUUCUGCAGCGAGGCUCCCCGGCUGCCUCUUCCGCUUCACGUUUCAACCUCUGGAACAGGUCAGUAUAGAGAAGAGGAUAUCAGGCUUCGUUUCCACUCAGGCUGUGCCACUCCGGAUUAAUUCUGCUGCGGAGAAGGCAGUAAUGCUAUGUUCUGCCAGGCUACAGUUUUAGACUGUUUUAAAAAUCUUCCUUAGCUGGGACUUCCGUAUAGAGUUGUGGUGCUUGCUUUGCGACUGUUUGCAGAAGGCGACAGGUUGGGGGCUGAGGGCUUCUCUGCCUAAGCUUGGCAAGGAUGCAGGGUCCUGCAACAUUAUCCCAAGACAGGUAUAUUCAACUUUCUUUUCUCUGCUGCACUUCAGAGAGCUAAAACUGGAAACAGCAGCACCAGACAGGCUGUUCCCCUUGUCUCAGUGAGACAAAAUUAAGGCACCGCAAAGAGCAUCAUGUGGGCCCAUGCUAGAAGGCAGAGGGAGGGUAGAAGGCCUUACCCUCUGCAAAGUGGGUGGGGGGCUACACAGUGAACCUAACUGCGUUUUGGACCAAGCAUUAUAUUAUUUGUGAGGAAACUGCCACCCUUUUGAGCCAGCAGCGACUGGCUACAGUUGGGCAGUUUGUAGGACUUGCGUUAAAAGUUUCCUCUGCUUCAGAUUUGCAGCGUGGCCCACUCUGUGGUGCCACAGCUGGUGAAAAGGUAUCCGGAUUUUUCUGAAUUGGCACCAAGAAGCAUUUUCCCUGCAAGGUAGUCCAGAACCAACUAAUAUUUGAUGCUCACAAUUUUGAUUUUUUUUAUUGCAGAUCCAUAUAUUGGAUUUGAAACAAACACACACGCACGGAACAACUUGGAAUGGCAUAGCAAGGUUAUGUUCAGUGCUCUUCUUGCAGCUUUGAAAAGCAGCCAUCGGAGAGAUGAUAAAGGAUUAAAAAAAACAGCAAAUGUUGGCUGAUCUUGGUUCUUUUUAAAAAUGUAAUAUUAAGAUGAUUUUUUUGUAAAUUGUUUUUUUUUUCCUUAUCUAUGUACAAAUUCUUGGCCAUUCUGUUUUUACAUGUUCAUGCUGUGUAAUUUUGAAUUGUUAACUGAAAUACUGAACAUAAUGUGCAUUUUUCUGUACAGAUGAAAUGGGAGAAUUUAAUAAAAAAGAGUCUGCAGGUUUUAUGGUU